AUGUGUGAUGGUAGUUUGUGCUGUAACUGUGUGAUUUUGCCCAGAGGGAGGAGGAUUGAUUGCCCCCGGUGCAGGAGGGAAUGUGGGCAGAAUGACAGGUUCUGCAGUGACUGUGCCUACGAUCUGCGCUCUGCCAGGACACCUGUCCCAGACUCUGAUCAACAGGAAGGGCCUGAGCACCCAGUCAGUGAGAGCCACACCCACUCUAAUGACCGCACCCACUCUAAUGACCACACCCACACUAAUGACCACACCCACUCUGAUGACCAUGCCCACUCUGAUGACGACACUCACACUGCUGGCCACACCCACUCCGAUGACCACGCCCACUCUGAUGACCACACAGACCCUGGCCCUCCUGAAGUCAAGGAAAAGGAAACUGUGAAAGAGGAGGAAGAAAAGUCCCAGCAGAGAGACACAAUACCUGAGCACAUCACAUCUUGCAUGCCUGUCCCAGGUGCAGAUUCUGAGAAUCAGGAGGAGACCACAGACAACAGAUCCAGGCUGGGUCCAGAACCAGCACCAGCACCAGCACCAGAGAAGACAUCCUCAUGCCUGGCCCAGUCCCAGCUGGGCCCAGAACCAGCCCCAGAGAAGACAUCCUCAUGCCUGGCCCAGUCCCAACCCUCUGCAGACCCAGCUAAGUCAGACCUAAAGAGUGGUUUAGUGGAAACUGGUAACAUGGACAGGACUGUGAGUCAGGACACCAAAGACCCUGAGUGUACUGCACAGGAGGAGGAGGAAACUGAAGACUCAGAGGAGAGGGUGAGCGUGUCUAAAGAUGAGGCCAUCUGUAAAGAUCCCGUCAAGCUCUGUCAGACGUGA